AUGAACCGUUUUCUGAGACACUUCACUCUUGGAGCAACCAGGGGUUUUGCUGCGCAGAGCGGAAAGGAACCCCAUGUGCAAAACCUGAAAAUCGAAGGGGUUAACGAUAUCAUAGCAGUUGCUUCUGGCAAAGGCGGCGUUGGAAAAUCCACUACCGCUGUGAAUUUGGCGGUUUCACUUGCUAAGAAAUGUCAACUUAAAAUUGGGCUGCUGGAUGCGGAUGUAUAUGGACCGUCAAUUCCUAUAAUGAUGAAACUCCAUGGAAAGCCCGAAGUGAGUGCAGAUAAGAAAAUGAUCCCAAUUGAAAAUUAUGGAGUCAAGUGUAUGUCAAUGGGAUCUCUUGUGGCAGAAAGUGAGGCACUUGUGUGGAGAGGUCCAAUGGUUAUGAAAGCACUUGAACAGAUGACUAGGGGAGUUGAUUGGGGAAUCCUAGAUAUUCUUGUGGUUGAUAUGCCCCCAGGCACCGGUGAUGCUCAGAUAUCUAUUUCCCAGAGGUUGCAGUUAUCAGGAGCACUAAUUGUUUCCACUCCUCAAGAUGUUGCAUUAAUGGAUGCUAGAAGAGGUGUUAAAAUGUUCACCAAAGUCAAUGUGCCGAUUUUAGGAAUCAUGGAGAACAUGAGCUACUUUAAAUGUCCAAACUGCUGUGAGCCUUACUAUAUUUUUGGCAAGGGUGGAGCUCAAAAGACGGCUGACGAAAUGGGUAUGAAGUUUCUUGGUGAGAUGCCUUUGGAGGUGGGGAUCAGAAGCGGUUCUGAUGAAGCACUCUUGAAGAUUUAG